AUGAAAUCCGCUGCCAGCUCGGAAGACGUGGUCCGUGUCACCGAGGAUCUUUCAGAAUGUCGAUCCCGUCUGGACGCCGGUAUUGCUGAAAAUCGAAAGAACCGAGAAGUGAUUCAGGGUAUUAAUGAACAGCUCCAACGCCUUCGUCAACGUGCCAAUGCCGAUUCUAUGGAGUCUUUCGCCACUCCUAGUCCCGAUGUUACCCUUUCGUCUUUCGCCAACCCCGGACUCACUCAUCUCCACAACCAAACCAAUAUCUCAAUGCCUUCCCUAACCAUAGACAUUCCAUUGAAUUCCACUGCCUUAAUUCAUUCUUCCCGAACACCAAAUUACGCAAUUAAUGGAUUACGAAACAGACAUAAGUCAAUGAGUGGCAAUCGGUAUCGAUCGACGAGUCCUCUAGGGGAUUACGGUAGACAUCGGAGCAGUCCGAGGGUCCUUGCUCAUUACAAUGAUGAUGCGAUGGGUGGUGAGGAGAAUUUGGAUGAGUUGUUCGCCAAGUUGAAGGAGGAAUUGUUCAAAAACAACACAUUGGAAGAGGUGAAUGAAAUGCUCCGAGAAGAGAACGACGCCGCACUGGCGGCAAAUGAGCAUUUGAGAGUGGACGCGACGAAUCUGAGCAAGCAACUUCAACAGCUCCAACAACAACAGCACACCGAGUCAAUGAGAUUUCGAUCGGAGAAUACGCGCUAUCGAAACCAAAUGGAGAGCCAACACCGGAAAUUGAUCAGUUUGUGGAAGGAGUUUUCGGCAGUCAAAAGACAGCUCCAUGAAUUACGUACGACGACUGCCAACGAUUUGGACCGCCAAUUGACUGAAUUCACGCGGUGCGCAACACUUAUGAGAAAAGCUAUUCGACACGCCGAGCAAAAGAACCAAGACCUAAAAGACCAAAUGAAGCGAGAAAAAGACGACGUUCUGGACGAGACGCUUCGUCAAUUGCAGUCUGUCACAGAGAAUUAUAUGAAAGCCGAAGAGAAGUCAAACGAGCGACAGCGCGAUUUGAAGCGAAAAGAGGAUGAAGUACGGAAGCUUCGCGAGCACAACGACGAACUUCAGGAUACACUUGAGCAGUUAUCCAGGAUGGCAAACGAAAUGGCCGGAGGCAGAGGACAAAGUCAGAGUCCUUCUAGAGCUAGCGGUGGUGUUGUUGUCGAAUCGUUUUUUAAAGAGUCGCCAAUGGAUGUGGCACGUAAGAUGCGCAAGCUGCUCACAAAUAAAAACGGUGAAAUCGAUGAAUCUCGAGAAGCAGCACGGCAAGCAGAAAAGGAGAGAGAUCGAGCGAAGAAGGAUCUGGAAAAAGAAGAAAAGCGGCGAAAAGAUGAUCGAGAAGCAGAAAGAAAACGAUCCAGUGUCUAUUCGCAACGAGAGCAUGAUCUGAAGAAGCUAGAAGAUGAUCUACGGAAGGCGUCAGAGAAGAUUCGAAAUCUGGAAGAGCAGAAGGAUUCACAAGAGAAGCUAACGACAUCUGUGCAGAAUUCAUUAAACGAGGCACAUCGACAACACAAGAGUUUUAUCGAAGAGUUGAUGAUUCGUCACAGAGAGGAGCUUAAAGAACGUGAAGAUACUCAUGAAGAAGUUUUGAAGAUUAGAGAAAGCGAGGAGAAGUCAAGGUUCGAGAAGGAUCGUCAGGAGCGGGAGAAGAUGAGACGAGAGAGUGACGAUCUUCGAGAGACGCAGAGAACACUGAAAGGCGAUUUGGCAGCGAUGAAGACAGAUCUAGAUGAUAAGACAUUAAGAUUGGACAUGCUGGAAACAGACAGAGAUGAGCUUCGCAAGAAACUUGAAUCGGAAAGAGAACUAGCCGAUCAGAGAGACUUAGAGAUAUCCGAGUGUCGAACGAAGCUUGAUGAAAUGCAAGAGAAAGAGGCGGAGCUAAGAAGAGAGCUCGCUGAAAGUCAAGCGACGAUCACAGCGAUGGAAGGAGAGGGCAAGCUAAGCGAGGAGCAGUUUUUGGAGAAUAAAAAUGAGAUAAAUACGUUGAAUGAGCAACUGGAGCAGGUGAACAUUGAGCUAGAUGCGAAAAAUGAGGAGAUUCGAAAUCUGCAAGGAUCCAUUCAAGAGAAGGAAGUGCAUAUUCAAAAUGUCCGCACCUCAACCCAACAGUUGUCUGCCACUUAUGAGGAGGCAAAUGGAGAGAUUGAAAUUCUGAAGCAAGAACUCUCUAGACUCCAUGAGCAGCUCAACGAGAGAACCCGACAGAUUUCAGAAGCCAAUGAGAAGUUUGACGAUGCUGCGAGGAAGAAUGACGCGCUUCUAGAGGACUCUGCGGGAUGGCAAGAGAAGUAUGAGAGUCUUAAGAAGGAAUUGGAGGAGAUUCAGAAGAGAGGAAAGGAGAAGGAGAAGGAGGAAGGAGAGUUGAGAGGACUCUUGGGUGAUUUGAGAGCCAACUUUGACAAAUUGACAAACGAACUGAAGCAGAAGACGGUUACGGUGGAUAGCUUGAACGAGGAGAUCGGAUCGUUGAAGGAGCAAUUGAGCAAGUCAGAGAAGGAGAGAAAAGAGGAUUUGACGAGGAUGGAGGAGCAGGAGAAGAAGAACGAGGCUGAACAGAAGGAGGAGUAUGAGGCGAAACUUCAGUUGGCUGAGAAGGAUCGGUUGGCGGUGGAGAAGUUUGGAAAAGAGUGCGAAUCUCGGCUGAACGAGUUGACAAAGAUCCAUGAGAUGUUGAUGGAGGAGCAUGAUCAGUUGAAGAUAGAUCACUUGCAUCUGGAAGAGGAGGUGGAGAGAUUGAAGGAGAAGAUGAAGAAGGAGUUGGAGAAGAUGAAUGAGCAGAAUGAGGGAGAUCGACAGGAGUGGAGUAGUGAGAGGAGUCGGAUCGAGACAUCCAAAAACGAAGCGAUCGCUGAACUCCAAGAACGUGUCAUGAAACUAGAAGACGUCGUGAAGGAGAAGGAAGACAAGGAGAUCGUUUACAAACGAGACAUUGAAGAUGGUCUCGAGAAGUCUCGAGACUUGGAAGAGAAGCUUCGGAAGAUGGAGCUGCAGGAUGAGGAGAAGGAGGAAGAUCUGAAGAAAGAGCAGAAGACGUUACAAGAGGAGAAGAUGAAGUUGAUGGAGCAGAGGGAGGAAGCAAUGCUACAAUCUACAAAACAUGCAACGACGAUUGAUCAGCAGAAUAGGAGGAUCUCUCAGUUGGAAGCUGAUGUCGAGAAGCUCACUGGAGGAUUGGCGGAGAGAGAUUCGACGAUAAAUGCACUAGAAUCGAAUACGAUGGAAUUGAUAGCAAAAUUGGAAGCGACAGAAGCGGAUCUAGAAAAGCACAAAGAUGAUUUGGCGGUGACAGUGAAACAGAACUCAGAACUGAAGAAUGGAAAAGAGGGAUUGAGUGAGAAAUGGAAUGAGGAGAGAAAGAAGAUUCAGGAGCUCGCUGAUCAACUUCGUGAAGCUAACAAAGUGGUUCACAGUAUUAGAAUGAAGAAUGUGAACUUGGAAGAGAAGAAGAACGAGUUGGAGCAGAAUGUGACAGCGUUGAGCAACAAAGUGAGAACGUUGGAGAUUCAGUUGAUGGAUAAGGCGGCGAAGAAUGAGGUUUCCGGAGAUUUGUUGAGGAAAAUGGAGCAUGAUGCGCAGAGCAUGCUGAAGCAGGCGCAAAAUGAGCAGUUUAGGGUAAGUGGGUACGAUUCGGUUCAACUAACCGACCUCGAAAAAGUUCGCAAAGCUCUCCAAGAUGAAAACCAACGCCUUGUCAACGAUCUUGCAACAGUCAAGGCUGCCUUCGAAGUCAAACGAGAAACCAGCAAAUCAGCUAUCAGUGAUAUCCUGGAAAAGUAUCGAAGCGCUGAGGAGAAGGCUAGCAAAGGAGAACUUGACAAUCAACGAUUGAGGAGUGAGCUGGCGACAGUGACUCUGAAACUUGAACGACAAGAGUUGAAAGCAAAGGAUGCUGAUGGUCGAUUGAAGGAUAGUCAGAAGAGAUACGAGGAGCUUCAAGGAAAGCUGGCUAACUUGCAGAGAUCCGCAGUGGAGUCGCUUCAGAAUCCUGCUCCCUCCCGAAACCGUUCGCUAUACGUUGACAUCCCACGCGCGGCAUCGAGCAUUGGCCUCAACGAGAAUUCAGAAGACGUGCCGUUCAGAAGAUCACCGUCUGUUCGAUUCGCGGAUAGUUCACAGAAUAUUCAACGAGCUGUCGACUCAAUGGAUGUUAGUAGUUCUGUUGGAGUGACGUUGAGAUUCUUGAAAGAGAGAAUUGAGCAAUUGGAGGCAGACAACGCGGAGCUUUUAGAUGCUUUGGAGAAGGCAAAGGAUGAAUUGAGGCAGAGGAAUGAGAAGUUGGCGGAUAGGCAGAUGGUUAUAGAGAGGGUUGAGAGGCAAUUGGUUCAUAUCACUGAAGAACGAAACACAAUUGAGAACCGUAUGACCAGUCAACGCCAAUUGUACCUGACCAAUGAGGAGUCCGCCAGAUCCAAGGAACACGAAGUUCGAAGUAUGAAGGCCAGAAUCUCAACCCUUGAACUUCAUCUCCGUGAGAAAGAAUCCAAACUUGCACAUCUUCGAAAAGAGAUUGAAGUUCUCCAUUCCCAACUUCACGAUGCAAUUGAAUCUAAGGAGAAGGCAACAGGGCUAGUUGGAGUUCAAGAUUCCAGGCAUCGAGAUCUAGAAGAGCAACUAGAUCGAGCUAACCGAGAACGAGAGGCAGCUGUUGGCAAACAUCGGAGGAUUCAAGCAGAGAAUGAGAACUUAUUCCGCAAACUGGAGCAACUUGAAAAGGAAAGAGAGCAAUUGAUGAGAGAAAUCACAGAUGAGAGACGGCUCAAUGAGAAGAACAGAACACUUCUGGAAGAGUUCCGAGUGUCAGAACGCACUUGGAAAUCUGCAGUGAGCACUGCGAAGAAAUCAGUGGAAGAUCAAGAACGCGCGGUGCAGGAGCAACGUCGAUGGGAGGAGUCACAUCAUGAAAUGAGCACACGAAACACGGCACUAACCAAGGAAUGCGAUCGGUUGAGAGUGGAGAUGAGAGAGCAGCUCAACAGAAUGAAUGGAAUUAAUUUGAGAUCUGUGGAUUUUGAGAGGAAGAAUGAGGAGCUGUCAAGCAAGUUGGUCGUAAUGCAGAAUACGGUAUCGGCGUUGAAGAAGUUUGAAGAGGAAUGGAAGCGAUUGGAGGCAGAGAUGAGAGCUGAGUUGAAGAUUUUGAGAAAAGAGAAGUUGGUGCAGACGGCGGAGAUAGAGGAUUUCAAGCGGAGAGGAUUGAGAAGUGAUACGGAGAAGAAGGAGAUUGAAGGCAUUCGAGUUAGGCUCGAGAGAGAAAUCAGUGCGUUGAAGCGACAUGUCGAUGCGAAAAUUUUUACUUUUCAGCUCGAAGAAGAAAAAGGAAAAACCGAAAAAGCGGUCCGCGAAACGAUGAACGAGCGUCGUGCCAUCGACAAAUCCCUAGCAUCAAUGGAGCGUGAAAAUCAGCAGCUCUAUAGAAAUUGUGCGCAACUCCAGGCACAGAUACAGACUCUUGAGAGGGAUGCCGGAAAUCGAUCAGUUCAAAAACUAGCCAAAGAUCAUCAAUUGUUGGAGACAAGGAUCGCAGCGUUGAUCGAGGAGAAGCGGCAGCUCCAAGCAAUGCUCGACCAGAAAGACGCCAACUAUUCCCAUAAGCGGAAACUUCUAGAAUCCCAAAUCCAACUGCUCCGCGAGCAACUCGAGGCAGAACGACGAAAGCGCUCGAAAGGCGUAGUGGCAACGGGACCCACCGGCGGAAGACGUGCAGUACAGCACACUUCUGCGUUUAGGCACACCAUCGAACGUCACCGAUCAUUGUCCCAAUCCAGCGAACAUACCGUACUCCAGGAGCAAUACCAUGAAUACGUGUAUUCUGGUGACCGUACUCCAAUGAUUCAAAUGAUGAGCAAUCAUCAGACUCCGCCCAUUUCUCCACAAUCUCUUUAUCCAGACGCUUUUAAUUCGGGUACUCUUAUUAUGUGA